GUUCGCCUACAUCUCUUUAGGCUCGCUUCAUUUUCAGAGCAAUGUGCUUUGCACUUCCUCUUCUUCUUUCCUCCGCGAACCAUGUGUGUGUGUGGAUAUCUCUUUCGAUUCCUUUUUAUUUUACACUUUUAAUUCAUGCUGUGGGGUAACAAGUGACCAACAAGUUCAUUCAGAAUUUCUUUGACCUUUAAUCGUUGACAUCAGCAUAUUUUAUUAGGCUUUAUUUCUGUUGGAGUCUUACUCACAGAGUAAGAGAUGGGGACGGUCGUUGAUGACAUCAGACAGCUAUUAAAAGACUGUGAGCUGUUUGUUUUUGAGAUACUCCAGGAUGAGAAUCUCAGUGAACCUGCUCAAGAGGCCAGGGAAAUUCUCCUACGAAAUUUUCAUAUCAUCCAAAAGAGAUACCCACAAGAAUUCCCCCACAGAUUUGAAUCCAAUCUUGAGGAUAGUUCAGAUGACAACCGCAGCUCCAGUCUGGGACGCUCUGCCCCCUCAGAUGACAUGUCAGUGGCCUCUGACUACCAGGAGGAAGGUGCUUCUGAACUUUUUGAAGAGAUCCCUCUGGUGGCUGCACAGGACCUGAGUAACAUUCUAAAGCAAGGCUACCUGGAGAAGAAAAGACGUGAUCACAGUUUCUUCAGCAUGGAAUGGCAAAAGCGAUGGUGUGUUCUGAACAACACCAUAUUUUAUUACUUCGGGAGUGAGAAAGACAAGCAGCAGAAGGGCUCAUUUUAUAUCAAUGGCUACAGUGCAGAGCUGGUGCCCAGCUUACGCAAGGACUCCAAGAAGAAUUCAUGCUUUGAGAUGAGUGCUCCUGGAAGACGUUCUUACCAGGUUCAACACACACAAACACACUCACAUUGCUCAUUCCUGUACUUUUCACUCAAAUUAAAUUAUGCUGAUCUGAGCUCUAACUUCAUCCCCUUUGACGAUGAUGAGGAAGAGGAGGUGGAAGAAGAGGAAGAGACAUAUGAUGACAUUGAACGAGCUACCACACCACCACCACCACGUCCUGGGCCAGCAUCUGCUCCAGUUACAACCCUGAGUCUGGGGCAAACCCCCCAAAGCAGCCACAAGGAAUGGAAGGACCAAGCAGAGACUCAGGAAGAUGAAGAAGAGGAUGAAGAGGACAUUUAUGAAGUGCUUCCAGAUGAUGAAAAUACUGACAACGCUGAAGAGUGGAGUGAAAAGCCUGGGUCUUCAGAUUAUGCAAAUUAUUACCAAGGUUUGUGGGACUGUGAAGCUGAUAGACCCGAUGAGUUGGCCUUCCAGAGAGGAGAUGUCAUCCACAUCCUCAGCAAGAUUCAAAAUACAUGACUCCCAAAGGUCAGACCCAACACA